AUGUCAUAUAUUCUCAGUUCUAGCUUGCUGGCCAUGGUACUUCGUCAGAUGCCAGUGGCCAGAAGUAUGGUGAUGGCCACCAGACAAUCGGUAGGGAACUUCCACACCUCCCACCACGGUUUGAAUAAUAAAUCAUCAUCAUCAUUGUUCAGUGACAUUACUGAGGCGAAAACCACAAAGUUGGACGCUAUUGCCGAACAAGCCAAUAAGGUUACCGCGGCCACUCAAAACAUUGACGAAUCUGCCGAUGAUGGAGUGGUGUUGACCGAAGAACAACGGACUCAAAAAAGAUUGGAAGUCCUUAGAAAGACUUUGAAGCCAGAAGACGACACAUUAUUGCAGAACUUCUACAAAGAACAGUACAAACCUCUUGUGGCGGUGGAUAGCUUGUUGUCGCCGCUCAAGAAGCAGGUUUAUUUGGCUAAUGUUGCCAAGUUUGGGUUUUUCAUGAAUGGCGAGCUGGUGAAGUUGGACGAUGGCAAAAGUUACAGAUUGUCACUUAAACCAGAAGAAAUCGAAGUGCUUGAACCAAGUAUUUAUUUGAAAUCGUACCGGAUUAAAUCGUCUGCCAAGAAGGCCACCUUGGUCACUAGAUUGUUGAACGGUUUGUCAUUAAAGGACGCCAUCAACCAGUGUCAUUUCAGCAAGAAGAAGAUCGCCAAAGAAUUGGGAGAAGUAUUAGAAACCGGGAUCACCAAGGCCAAGGAAGUCGAAUUGGACGCCAACAAGUUGUUUGUUUCGAGAAUCUGGAGUGGUAGCGAUGGGCGUUUCCUCAAACGUCAAGAAUGGAAAGGUAGAGGGAGAAUGGGGGUGAUCACACACAGAUACAUCCAUGUGAGAAUGAUUUUGAGAGGAGAACAAACGAAAUUGAGAUUAGCUCACGAGAAGAAGAUGAAGGCCGAAAAGAAGAAAGCGUGGGAACAGCUACCGAGCGAGCCUAUCCGUGGGGUGAUUCCAGGGCUUUACAAGUGGUGA